AUGGUCGCCGUCAGUGACUCUGCAGUGCACGCCAUCUCUGGCGCAGCCGGUGGCUGCAUCGCCAUGGCCGUCACGUACCCGCUCGUCAACCUGUCGACGCGCUCCCAGGUCGAGGCCAAGACCAAGCGCGAGAGCACCCGCUCGGCCGUCCUCAAGGUGAUCCAGCGCGACGGCGUCGCAGGGCUGUACGACGGCCUGAGCUCGUCGCUCGUCGGCAUCGCCGUCACGAACGGCAUCUACUACCUGUGCUUUGAGGAGGCGCGCAACCUCGUCCUCAAGUCGCGCAAGAGCAGCCGCGCGACGCUCUCCAUGCUCGAGUCCAUCUUCGUCUCGGCCGCCGCCGGCUGCGCCACGUCGGUUCUGUCCAACCCGAUCUGGGUCGUAAACACUCGGCAAACCGUGCGCACGACGGUCGCGUCCGACACGUCGAGCGGUGCGUCGGCCAAGAAGGUGGUCGAGAAGCGCCGCACCAUCUGGCAGACGAUCCUCGACAUCCUUCGCUCGGACGGCCCGGGCGCCUUCUUCCACGGCCUCGGCCCGGCGCUCAUCCUCGUCUCGAACCCGAUCCUCCAGUUCACCCUGUUCGAGCAGCUGAAGAACCUCAUCCUGCGCCGUCGCGCCCUGAGGCUCACCAAGGGCUCGGCCGGCGCACCGCCCCUCACCGACCUCGACUUCUUCCUCCUUGGCGCCGUCACCAAGCUGUUCGCGACGAGCGUCACCUACCCUUACCUCACCGUCAAGGCGCGCAUGCAGGCCGGCAACGCCGUCGGCAAGUCGUACACGUCGUCGUUCGACGGCCUGCGCAAGAUUGUCGCCGCCGAGGGCCCGCAGGGCUUGUACAAGGGGAUCGGCCCCAAGCUCACGCAGUCGGUCGCGACGGCUGCGCUCCUGUUCCUCGCCAAGGAGAAGAUCUACCUCGCGACUCGCAAGGCCCUCAUCAAGACCGCCGCCAAGGCUGUCGCCUGAGCCUGCCGCCGACUCGCCUCGAGGGAAUGCGCCGUCGAGCCGAAGAGGCCGACGAGAUCUCCCUUCCCCCGUCGCUUUGGGCCCUCUCUCUCCCUCUCACUAUGUCCUCUCUUUCCGCCUGUCGGACUGUCGAAUCACAAAAGCGUUGUAUCGUCGC